CUGUUACUACAAUAGAAUUCCUAUAGCCCUGGAUCGAACAACAAAAAGAUCCUUGCGUCUGCGCCAGCAUUUUCUUCAUAUAUGGGCGCCGUGCUUGAAUCUUUAUCUUGAUCUAGAAAGGAGAGCGUCGAGCGAAAAAGUUCAAUUCCAACAUUAGUAGUCACAGCAUCUGAAUAAAGGCUUCGACUUGGAUAUAUUCUCCCUCAAAAGGCUCUCUUUCCCCCAAACCCAUUGUCCCCGAAGUCCAAUCCACAGCUUUCCCUUGAAGUGUUUUUGAAUUCCGAAAAAAUGCCAUUUUCAUAUUUGUAUGUAUUCGGUAUGAUAAAUGAGUGAGGCUGAGGUUCAGAGCAAGUCGUGCCUUUUGGUUUCCCUGUCUUGAACCACCUGUACAUCUGACCCUGAGUAGCAACUCCUCAGAAGUACUCACUUUGACGCCUCAUCAUCCAACUAGAAGAAACAUUUUUCUAAUUAUAUUUAUCUGGAACUCCGCUUCUAAACAACAGCAAAACAAAAUGGCUCGUUUCAGCGACGUCGGUGCGCGCUGCGCUUUUCCGGGAUGUGGUAUGCACGACAUGUUACCCUUUCACUGUGAUCGGUGUGGACUGCCUUUUUGUCUGGAACAUCGUAGGGAAUCCGAUCACAACUGCACUGCCCCCAGUCCAUCCCGACGAGUGAUCGUGUGUCCAAUAUGCCGACUCACUGUGGAAUGCCUACCCGGAGAAGAUGUGAACGAAACGUGGCUUCGGCAUGCGAACAGUGGGAAAUGUGUGAGGAAAGUCGUGACAGUGACGGAAAAUAAUUGCUCUUCUCCGGACCACCCGAAGGUGAAGCGUUGCGCUGCGCCAGGCUGUAAUAAAAAGUUGAACGCAGUCACCAGCCAUCACUGUCCAAAAUGCCUUCACACAGUGUGCACAGCGCAUAGGUAGUACUUCGAGUCGUGUACUAUGGAACUACAUUCUAGUUGCACAAAUUAGCCUUACAAUGUAGUUCUUCGUAGGAAGAUGGUACAAUGUAGUAGUUCUUCAUCAUCUGGUUGAUGUAAGUUCAUCUAAUACUAUUGUCUAUGUCCUCUGCUUGUGCUUGUCUAUGUCUGCUGAUAUUAACUGCUCCAUCAAUGAUCCAUACUAGGUUCGAAGACGACCACGAUUGUAAGAAUUAUCGUCGUGCCCGGACUGCGCAACGUGAUCGCGCAAAGCCACCCCAACAAGUACCAGUCACUAGAAACACUGCACCUCCAGCUUUCGCGUGCUGCGCAUCACCAAGAUGUGGUAAAGCACCUACUGGAGGUAGUACUACUACAACUAAUACGACUGGUGGCGGACGAGCAGGAGUCCCGAAAGCAGGCCAUCAACCACGUGGUGUACCUUUCACUCCUGCACCACGUGUAGCAGCAGCUGGUGGAGGAGGGUCAACAUCAUCUUCUUCUUCACGAAGAAAUUCUACAACCAGUACUGCGUCUAGUGCGAUACCAUCAACAACAUUUAGUAAUCAACAAUACUUCCAACAAGAAGAACAAGAAGAAAACAAGAUCUUUUAUGAUCAAGAUCAGCCCUUAUUUAAUGGACCAAGCUCGUCCUCCUCGUCUCGCCCUGCUCUGGCAUCACAAGGAGAUAGGCAAGAACUAAGUGGAGGGAAGGAGAGAUCGUAUCGUGCGAACGGCAAUCCACUAGGAAGCGUUCUGAGGAGAAAGGACAAACCAACGAUAAACUGUGCCGCAUGUUCUCUAACGAACCCUAAGGAGGCACCAGUAUGCGAAGCGUGCGGAACUAAAUUGCACAAAUCAAAGGAAAAGUGUGCUAUUAUGUAAGUAGGAGAAUCUUUUUCUUAUUUAUCAUGUUAGUCUCGGUGGUCCUGUGCUAAUGCGAGCACCUACCCCCUUCUCUUCAACUUGCUCGCCACCUCGAGCUUGGGGGUGGGACGCCAUGGGCUGUAACAUCUGCAGGGUAGCUAGUGGUUUACUUAGCUCUACUUUAAACUGUAACUUACUCUUCUUCGUCCUUCGCCUUGCUUCUGACCCGUACUAUGAGAGAUGAGAGUGAGCGUGUCUGCUCUGGCCUGCUACAUGAACUUCCUCAACAAGAACUCAAAAUCAGGGACUUCGACGGACAACUCCCUACACUACAUUUACUACUUUUGUCAAACACGACAACCUUCAUCACCUUGUUGAACUUGAUGAUAUCAAUCCAUAAUCACGUCCCGCUUCAUACUUAAUGACGCCAUAGUAUACAUCUCAUAGUCACUGCCCUACAUGAACAUUUCGUCCUUGACCUUGUAUCAAUGCUCCAAAGAAAGCGUUUGUGCAACAUCAUGAGCUACAUCCAUUGUAUGAAAAACUUGGCUACAUCAUUAUCCAUCAUACUGUAUCUAUGUUUUUGUGAGCGCCUCGCAAAGAAAGGUUUUCUUUCAUUGCCACUGGGGAAACAACGCACCAAGGGAAUUCACGAUGAUCUUCGCGCAUGUAACAGAAGGCAGGAUAUCGUGCUUGAUGAAGC